AUGAGUAAUAUUAGCAGUCCUCCUCGAAAGGAUCGUAUUGUCUAUUCACCUACGGGAUCCAUUCCUAAAGGAAAGACGAUAUAUACUGGUGGUUCCCUUGGAAGACCCGAUUUGAAGCAAGGCUCUUCAACGAGCAGGCUUAAUUUACCAUCAGCACCUGGUUCUUCUUACAAGAUAUUGCACCAACAUAGUCAUUCGAAUCAAAUGUUUACUACAGACGGUUCCGGGGCAACACCUGGAGUCAGACCUUCUUUGAACCCUAGACACACGUUCAAUGGGACAUAUACUGGUCUAGGGGGUACGUCAUCCGAUGAUAACUCGAGUACUGGACACCGUGCUAGACGAGGUGGUAGUAGCCCGUCUCAUAGGAAUAACCAGUCCUCAGGACUGGUGUUUAGUACCGUCGCAGAUAGAGAAUUAGCAAGUAUUGAUAAGAUCAAUGAUCCGCUGGCGGAUUCAUUGGUUUGUGCAGGGAAGAGUCAUGUAGGCAUAUACAAGUUUAAUAGAGAAGAUAGAUCCAUACGGUUGGUACAGGAUGUAACCAAAACAGAUUUAUCAUAUUCAAGAUUACAAUCAUCAUCGAUGUUUGCCUCUAGGAGAAACAGACAAUCAAAAUUUAGUACGAUAUCAGAUGUUAAAAGUGGAUUUCAAAACUUUAAUAAUUAUAUUGCAGUUUGUGCAAAUUCUACUUCCAUUUCUAUAUUCGAUAUCAAUAAACAAUCAGGCGAGGCUAUUAAUCCCUUGGUCACGUCACUUAAUGAACACAAGAGGUCCGUCAAUAGUUUUGAUUUCAACAUGGUUCAGCCUAAUCUUCUUAUUAGUGGUGGUCAAGAUGGUUGUGCCAAGAUAUGGGAUCUUAGAGCAAAUAACAUGAAAAAUAAUGGAAGAUGUGAAGUAAAUAUUAACACAACUUAUGAUUCUAUAAGAGAUAUUAAAUGGAUGCCUAGUUAUUCUUUUGGAUCUCCCGUUUCAAAUGAAGGAACACCUUCAUCCAUAGGGAGUACAACUAGUUCAACGCCAAGAUCUAACUCGGGUUACAAAUUUUCAUCAAUUCAUGAUUCUGGGGUACUGUUGAAGUUUGAUUUAAGACAACCACAACAAUUUGAAAAGAAAAUUAACGCACAUACAGGUCCUGGUUUAUGUUUGAAUUGGCAUCCAAACUUGGAUUACGUAGUAACAGGUGGUAGAGAUGGUAAAUGCUGUCUCUGGUAUAUCGGUGAUAAAGAGCCACGAACAAAUAAUCCAAACAGUACUGUAAAUGGUUAUACGUCGUCAAAUCCGUCAGUAUUUCCGGAAACAACAAUUAAUUUUGGUUCCCCAAUUACUAAAUUGAAAUUUUGCCCGACUUAUAAUGAUGAGCCACAUAAUUCCUUAUUAGCUAUUUCUUCGAUGGGAGAAGAAGCUCAAGUUGGCAUAUAUUCAUUAGCAAGAAAAUAUAUACCAAAAUAUUUACUAGAGACUUCGGCUGCAUCAUUGGGCCUCGUAUGGUGGGAUUCUGAAAAUAUAUUUACAAUUGAUAAGAGGAAUAGAAUUAAUGGAUGGAAUUUAACUAAUGAACCAACAGUAUUAGAAAACUUAACAAAGACUGUUACUACCUGGAGAGACAUUGAGGGUAAUGGCCUAUUAUUUGUCGAUCAAGAGGAAGGUACAUAUGAUAUUUCAGAUCCGUACUUUGUCAGAGAAAACAUACAUGACCACGCUACUAAUAACAGUAAUUCAAUGUUAUCAAACACAAGUAUUAAUCAUUUUGAUAUAGGUAAUAAAAGAAUAAGUUCUCCCCCUACUCCUAUCCCAAAUGAGAGGCCACCCAUGUUUAAAAUGAAUUCUGCAUUCAAUAAUAAGAGUUAUGCGUCCUCUCCGAUGUCAUCUACUACACUUUCAACGACUCCGUCUAUCCAUUCAGGAACUUUACCAAUUGUUGUCCAGGAUAAACUUGCUUCAUCAAUAGUGUCGCCUCUGGUGUUCACUGUAGAUUUGCCUAAAAUAAUUAGUAGUAUGAGAAUAGAACAGAUUUCCAGUUUUCAAAGUUUAAGGAAUAAGAAAAAAAUUGAUAAAGAAAGUUUAGCUAAGCUGCAGGAAUCUCCUAUAGAAGUGUUUAAAUACUUGGCAAGAGAAUUGGAAUUUUCAAUUAAACAUGACGAUUGGGCUAACCAACUUAAUCAGAAGAGUAUUAGUGAUCAUCACAGUGCUAAUGAAAGUCUACAAGAAGAUAAUGAAGAUACGGGGAAAAACUUGAUGAAGAAAUUUGGUCUCGCAGAGAAUGGAACAUGGACAAAUUUAAUUAAUAAGAAAAACGAUCAGCAAGAAAGAAUGAACUCAGAAGCUGGACUGACAGGCAUUUUGAACUCUGGAACAAAGCCAAGCUAUCACGAUUCAUCAAGUAACGAUAGGAGCAGUAAAUAUAGUAAUGCGCAUAUUGACAGCAUAUCACGCUCAGAUUCGCACUCCAGCCAGUACAAACAUAAUGAAACAGAUGAUUCGGAGUCUAGUAUAAAUCAAAUGGUGGAACCCAAGAGUGAAAAAAUCAUAAAACUGCAGCAGAGGAUGAGUAUGUUCGUAGAUUUUCUUUCUGUAGCCAGUCACAAUGCAUCUGUAUAUGCAAAUAUCAAUGAUGCUUUAAACUUCAAAGUCUGGGUUCUGAUUAGAGAUACUAUUAUGUGGGAUUUAAAGAAGAUGGAUUCGUUCCUACCUAAAUCCAAUGAUCCACUCGAUCAAACCAAAAAUCAUGAUUCAGAAUCUGUGAAUUCUUCAGUGGUAGAGGAUACUGUGAUCCCACUUCAUGAUCUUCGUAAACAAUCUAUGGAUUCAGAAUAUAGUCGUUUUAAUGAAAGUAUCAGGACUUCAUCGUUGGUGGAAGAGCACCCACAGAUAUUUAGAUCGCCGUCCGACGACUCCGGAGUCGAUCCCAUAGAUAGAGAGGUUAUUGCUAACUUAAGAAACCAAUUACGUAAAUCAAAGGAAGAGCCAGCACAUAAAUUUGCAACUGCUGAGACUUUGAGAAACUUAGAUGGUGAUGGUGCAGUUUUGAGUACUUAUCCAGACGAGAAACGAGCACCUUCUAAUGAGAGCGCAUUAGAUCCAGAAGAUGAAGAUGAAGAAAGAAAAGAGGACGCUAAACCAAACGAUGAAUCGCCAGAAGGUAUUCCAAUCUUGAACAAUAGACGCCAAAGGUUAUCAUUUAUAGAUACAUUUUUGUCUGAUGCACAUUCACCUUUGGGUCAUUCGGAUGAAGAGCAUUUAAGAAGUGGUAGCUUUACAAAAGGAAAAACAAGCGGUGGUCCUUAUUCUGAAUCCUUCGAUCACCACAGUAUUAGAAGUAAGGUGUCAUCUCUGGAUAGUAUCCCUAGUACCUAUCAAUCACGCGCACCAUUUUUAAAGAGAUUAUCAGACACUAAGAAAUUAGUUCCGACAAUAAAGGAAUCGUUCUCUUACGAAGAUGUUCUCAGGAGUGUAGACGAUCUGGGGGUAUUUGCUAACACUGACGUUAAAAAUGAUAGUGCUAUACAAAAUAAGAAAAAUGCAACAAGAUUGUUCCCACCACCGUGGGAUACCAGAACCAUACUACAACAAGUGUACGAACAAGCUGCAGAAGGCGGUAAUAUUCUGCUGGCUGUGAAUAUAUUACUAUUAUUCCAGGAUGUGUACCAACUUACGUCACUACGCGUCGUUAAGAGUAGUGUUUCGGAAUUUAUCACGUUAUUACAUCGAUACGAAUUGUUUGAGAUCUCAACUGCUUUGCUCAAGUACUGUGGGUGGGAUGAUAUAAUGGGUCCCGAGAGUGAACAAUCAGAUAUCCGUCUCUUCUGUGACCGUUGUGGUGAACUGAUAGUAAAUGAACCUUCUAAGGAGAAGUACACACGUAGUUUACGUCAAAGCCAUCCUCAUGAACAAGGUAAGAUAGAUGCCCAAUUUGGGUUCUGGUAUUGCGACAAUUGUAAGAAACCCAAUACAUUAUGUGUUCUGUGUGAACGUCCCAUUAAGAAAUUGGCCAUGGGUCUCCUAGAAUGUGGCCAUGAGGGUCAUUUUGACUGUUUCCGUGAAUGGUUCCUUAAGGAAGGUAUGACUACAUGUCCAGCAGGUUGUACUGCAACUUUAAACAUCUGA